UAGCACGUGAAGAUACCGGAAGUUAGUGUGAGACGGAAGAAGUUUGUUUUGAAACCGGUUUGAAAACUUGUGUUCUUGGUUUCACGUGAAUCUGGAUCCAAACUGGUUCGUCUCCCGAAAACCAGACGCAGCUCGAGCUCACAGCCGCCAUGACACUUUGACUGCACCCGGAGUUUUUUGUUUACGUGUUGCAGUUAACUGCGGAGCAGCGAGAUGGCCAUCGCCCACGUGGCUACAGAGUACGUAUUCAGCGAUUUUCUGCUGAAGGAUCCGAACCAGGUUCGAUACCGCAGCGUCCGCACCGAGCUGGCUGUGGACAAGAUGGUGACCUGUGUGGCAGUGGGCCUGCCCCUCCUCCUCAUCUCUCUGGCCUUUGCUCAAGAAGUUUCAGUCGGUACUCAGAUCAGUUGUUUUGCUCCCACGAACUUCUCCUGGAGGCAGGCGGUUUAUGUGGACUCGUACUGUUGGGCAGCCGUGCACACACACACUCUACCUCUGUGGCUUCACAAGUUCUUCCCCUACAUCCUGCUGUUGGUGGCCGUGCUGAUGUACACCCCGGCCUUGUUCUGGAGGUUUACCGCUGCUCCCCUCUUACAUUCGGACCUCGGCUUCAUCUUGGAGGAGUUGGACCGCUGCUACAAUCGUGCCGUCACUCUGGCCAAGCGCAUGGCCACGUCGGGACUGCUCACACCAGACAG